AUUCAAUAUGGCGGAUCAGGGUGCAAAUCUGAAUGUAGCUUCUAGUGUUCGUCCAGAACACAGGUUUAACGAAACGUCUUUGGAUAACUAUCUUCUCCGACAUUUACGUGGAUAUCCCCAUAAUGAAAAUGAAAACUUAUUAGUCCGACAGUACAGUCAUGGACAAUCUAAUCCGACUUUUUAUUUGAAAAAAGGAACACGAGAGUUUGUGAUGAGAAAGAAACCUCCAGGCAGGUUACUGAGACAUGCACAUCAGAUUGAAAGGGAAUACGACUUUACGGAAGCCUUGCACAAGUUUGGUUACCCUGUUGCAAAACCUUUACACUUCUGUAAUGAUGUAUCAGUUGUUGGAACAGAGUUCUACAUCAUGGAGCAUGUUAGGGGAAGAAUAUUUCAUUCCCAAAGCAAGGAAAAACCUGGACCUGAAUGUUAUUUUAAUGCUGCAGAGAAUCUUGCAAGAUUGCACAAAUUUGAGCCUCAAUCAUUAGGCUUGACCAAAUAUAUAUCUCGGAAAUCAACAAACCACUCAAAAAGACAGGUUCUCAUAUGGGCAAAACAGUAUGAAGACAGCACAGAUAAUUUCCUUCCUGAAGCAAAAGUUUUGAUCAAAACUCUAUUGGAAAUGUUGCCCCCUGACAGCCAACAAAAAUGUAUUGUACAUGGUGAUUACAGACUGGACAACAUGAUAUUUCAUCCUGUUAAGCCCAUUGUGCUUGCUGUUCUUGACUGGGAAUUGGCAAGUAUUGGUGAUCCAAUGAUGGAUUUAGCGUACACAUGUAUGAUAUACCAUUGGCCUGAGGAAAUCAAAAUUAUUUUUCCAUCCCACUCCAAUGAAGGACUCCCCACAGAGAAAGAGUUCAUCAGCCGAUAUUGUCAACAUUUUGGUUGCUCGGUUAAUAUCCCGUACUGGGAAUUUUAUUUGGCACUAAACCUUUUCAGAAUGGCAUCAAUUGCUCAGGGUGUUUAUGCACGAAGUCUUCAGGGAAACGCCGCAGCUGAGAACGCCGGGUUGUAUUGGCAAGUCGUUCAACCAAUCAUUCGUCAGGCUUUGAGAAUCAUAAAAAUGGAGAAAAUCGGACAUCAACCAGCCACAAAGAUCGGAGGACCAGGAUCCAUCGUUGAUCUGUUCCCAAUUUCUGACAGAGCCAAAGAAUUAUUAGUUAAGACGAAAGCAUUCCUGAAAGAACAUGUUCUACCUGCAGAGAAGGAAUACUUUGAAUAUCUAGCCAAGGAAAGUGACCCCUGGAAAAUACCACCCAUUAUCGAAUCAGUAAAGAAGUUGGCAAAAGAGCGAGGCCUGUGGAACUUGUUCCUUCCGGCUGUAUCUGGUUUGAACCAAACUGAAUAUGCCCUGAUCGCAGAGGAAACUGGACGAUAUUUCAUCGGACCGGAAUGUUUGAAUUGUUCUGCACCAGAUACUGGUAACAUGGAGGUUCUUCAUCUUUACGGCAGCCCUGAACAAAAGAAGGAAUGGUUGACGCCGUUACUGAAUGGUGAUAUUAGAUCUGCCUUCUGUAUGACAGAGCCUGCUGUUGCUUCAUCUGAUGCCACGAACAUGGAGUGUGAGAUAAGAAAAGAUGGAAACCAUUACGUCAUUAACGGAAGGAAGUGGUGGGCGAGUGGGGCUGGUGAUCCGCGGUGUAAACUGUUGAUUGUGAUGGGAAGGUCAGCGGAUACACAAGCCCCAAGACACAGACGACAUUCCAUGAUCAUCGUUCCAAUGGAGACAAAAGGAGUAAAGAAAAUACGACCAUUGACUGUAUUCGGAUAUAACGAGGCUCCCGUUGGCCACUGGGAAAUCGUGUUCGACAACGUCCGAGUUCCAGACUCCAAUAUGAUACUAGGCGAGGGGCGUGGGUUUGAGAUUGCUCAGGGUCGUUUGGGACCUGGCCGCAUACACCACUGCAUGAGAACAAUCGGUGCAGCUGAGAGAGCCCUGGAACUAAUGUGUCAGCGUGUGACGUCAAGAACUGCCUUUGUGGAACUUCUGGCGAAAAAGGGAAUGAUUCAACAUGAUAUUGCAUUGAGUCGUGUUGAGCUUGAUCAAGCAAGGUUAAUGACACUUCAGGCUGCUCGCUACAUUGAUCGUCUUGGAACAAAACGUGCCAGAAAGCAGAUUGCUAUGGCAAAGAUAGCCGCCCCUCGUAUGGCCCUUCGCGUCAUUGACCGCGCCAUUCAGUCACAUGGUGCCGCAGGAGUCUCACAGGAUACUCCGCUGGCUUAUAUGUUUGCUGCAUUGCGGACACUUCGUAUCGCAGAUGGCCCGGAUGAAGUGCAUUUGACUGCCGUAGCUAAACAGGAGCUCAGGGAGCAAAUGGAGAGCCAUCUAUAAUACACCUGGGAGUGGGAGCACCUGGGUGGAAUUUCACAAUCUUUACGCAUCGUCCUAGUUACUGAUCUCUACCAAAACCAGAAUAUCUCGCAUCUUACUUCCCUGAAAUAUGCCACAGUUUUAUGCAUUUUUUUCGUUUCAAAAUGUGAAUCUUUUUGCAUGUUUAGUACGAAAAAUAUCAUCAAAUAAAAUGCGAUUCAUGAUCACAAUUUCUCCACAAAUAAAAGUGCUUAAAACAGGACGCUUUUUGUUAGAAAUCGUGAAAUCAUGCGCCUUUGAGACGCACGUAAAAAUGGGGGGAAAUUGGUUUUGAAAAGGUUUUCAACUCCAAAGUGAUUAAUUAAAAAUAUUUAGGCUAAUGACGUAUUCGUGGCUAAAUCAUUCUGUAGUCAUAACAGGUCAGCAUGAGGUAAAAAAUUGAUGAAAAAUUAAAAACAAAAUACAGUCAAAGAAUCAAGAUAUCAUAGUAAUAGACAGAAUAUAAAUUAUUUUUGAAUACAAUACCUUUUGGUUCUCUUCUCUAUUAUAACAAAGACGCAGUUUUAUUGAUAAUACUCUUGCAACUUAUGAACUUAAUGAUUACCUUACGCUAUGUAAUAUUAUCAGCACAGCAUGACAAGGAUAAACAAAACUACGAGAGUGUUUUAUAAUUAGAUAUUACUGAAUGAUUGCGGAUAAUAAUAAUCUGCCUAUAUUGGAUCAUCUCAAGGAUCAUCUCUAUGGCUGGCAAAAUAAGCGUGACUUGCGCUGCCAUAUCGAAAUCACGAGUUGUGGUUUCCAAGAAAUUUCCGUCACAUUGUCAAUGUAACGGAAGGGUUGCCCAUGCCAAUACCGGUACUUCAGCUACGAA